GGUGGAUGACCCUCAUCGCCCAGCUUUACCUGCUGCUUCCCCAUUGUCUGCUGCUCUCACCGCAACGGUUUUUUUUCCCAAUCUUGACGAUCUAACUCCGACCGCGCACCACACCAGCUACAGCAAAAGUGAGCCCUCUUCACCCGGCAUCAUCAGCGCGUCUACGCCUUCCCCUGAUUCCAAGGCACCCUUUGUGCGUGGGCAUCGCCGCCGUUCCACCCACGUUACUCGUCGUGACCUUGAGAAAUUCAGAAAAGAAGUGUUGGGUUUGGAGUCCUCUGGGUUCGGCUUUGACGACGACCAUAACCUCCCCAAACCGAAUCCUGCUGUCGAUCCCGAGUUCAACGCAUUAAACAACGCUUUUGACUCCGCAAACAUGUCGAUGAACAGCAGUGGGGGCAUGACGGGCAGUAGCCCUGGGUCGGCCAUGUUUGCCAGCUACGGCGAUAACUCUGGCGGUGCUUCGGGCAUGCCCAAUGUUCCUCGUCCCUCGAUGUCGCCUGCGAUGCCUCAUCCACCGGCUCAGGUCAACGGCGGCGGAAUGCCUGGUAUGAACGGCGGAGUUCCUAUGAACGCGGGCCAUCAGAUGGAUCUGCACCAUCUCUACGAUAUGGUAUUGGAGUUGAGCGACGUGUUGAAGAACAAUCGCGAAAUGACGAAAAGUAUAGUGACUAGUGCGGAGGAGAUUAUGAAACGGUCUGGUUCGGAGGGUACCAACCCGACUUUGCAGCAAGUGAACGGGGAAAUCACCGGUGCCCGUAUUACCGAGCUCGAGCGUGCCCUCGCCAAAGAGAGACGUUUAGUUGAGGUCUUACGAACCGAGCAGGCGGAGAACGCCAAAUUGAUCGGUGAAUAUGAGGCGACCCUCGGAACGAUGGUCGAGCAAAUCCGCAACUACUGCCAAAACAACAACAUGCACUAUCUGUCUCAGAAACGCCACUACAACAAUCUGCUCCAAGCGGAGCGUGACUCCCACCUGGAGAGCCGCUUAGACCGUGACUACUGGCAUGCGCAAACGAUGAAGUGUGCCGAGAUGAUUCGGACGGCGUACCGUCUCCGCUCCGAGGAGGAAGAGCUGCCUAUCCGGAUUGUUGCAGGCCUACAGAACGAGGUGCGGGCGUACCGCAACGCGCUUGGUAUGGAGCCUGAGAGGCCGGAGGACGAAUUUGGAUGGGAGAUCCUGAAAGAUGUCCCUGGCAGCGCCGAAUGAGACCGACACCGUGGGCUGCCUAUACCCUGGCGGUUGGCAUUAUCUUAGUGGUGUUGCAUGAGCUAUAACGAUUGGUUACCGAUAUAUUUGCGUUAGAGGGAGUCGGCGUUUUUGGAGCAGCUGAUUUGCGGCUACGGAUUUUCCCGGCGAAGAUACCCAUUGUUGCAUGGCAUGUAUAUGAGAUCCUAAUGAGAUCCGUCAAGUACCUUUAUGUAUUUCUAUACUUGUGAGGAGUGAACAGAAGAAAGAAAUCCGAG